CGAUUAAAGAUGCGGAAGGUAGUGAAAAAUUAGCCAUUUCCCGAAUCGGAAGCUGGAAUUGGAAAUCAACUUCAGCUUCGUAUCCUUCGUAUCCUCGCUGGUACAGGACUCAGAUAUAAAUUCUGUAGUUUUAUAAAAAUAAAAAUUCUUACUGUUUUUAUUUAUUUAUUUAUUUUUCAAACGUUUCGGCCAGGUGCUUUAGAAGGGGGAUGUAGAGUCUCCAGAAUUAUGCAUGAUUCCUAAUGAAAAAUAAAAAAGAUAGAAAUGAAUUUGCCUAAAUUACAAUUUGUAGACUAAUUUAAAUUGUAAUACUUUCAUUGAUUUUGUAUUGUAUCAUCUACAUCUAAAAACUUUGUUAAGUUUAGUGUUUGAAUAAAGGGAAAUGUCCUGGAUGUUAUUUGAGCUACACCCACCAGAGGGCAGUAAGGCUCCCUUAGAUAAAAUAGACACGAUGAUUCGGUUCUGAUGAACCAGUCAGUUCAUGUGACGUGCAGUUCUCAGUAAAGCAGCUUAAACUGGAUGGAGCUGUGGGAGAGAGCAGAAGGCAGGCUGAGAGAACUAAACACAUCAAAUAACCUCAAUAAAUAAGCAACAACUAAGAAAAGCAGGAUCGACGCUAAAAGACCGAACAGCAGCUAAAGUUGAUCACAAUGGAACAAGAAAGUAGAAAAGCAAAGACAGAAAUACCAAAGCAGCCUGGUAUGUUGACAUAAACCGAAUUACUUUGAAUUGGAUUCAAUCAUAAUUGACCUGGUUUUAGAUUAAACACAAUAAAUUGUCUCAUUUUGUUUGGUACUUUGUUUUCUUGCAACAAAAGUACCAACUGGAUUCCAAAAAAUAAAAAAAUGGCAGCAACAUUUAUCACAUUAACUCUUGAUCUCUCAGAUUAAAAAUCAUGAAGUUAUACCUUUGGAGUAGCCAGUAGUUCCUUAUCACAUUUUUUUUUUUUAAUCAGGCUUCUUUCAUGAUGUUUUCUCAGCUGCGUUCAGUUUCUGGGUUUAAGACUCACUGAGCACAUUUUAUGGUUAUACGACUGGGGAAAUUGCCAUCAUGUUUUUCAGGAAAUUAGGAGAGUAUGAAGCCUACAUACUCAGAAGAAUAACAACAUUUUCACAAAUGGGGAUCCUGUGGUACCUGUGGUGAUGUAAAUGUAGUUUCCAUGAAAAAAAAUAAACAACUUAAAAUGUAUUUACAUUUUUUGAUAACAGUCACUUUUUACAUACGAAAUGUUUUGUCAUCGAAACAAACGUUUGUCUUCGGUAGCCUGAACCCAACAGCUGCUGCCUAAACCUGUCUUAAUUAGAAAAUGUUUAGUCAAACUGCAACACAAGAGGCUGGGAAAUCUGAUAGUGGAAAUGCAUGAUAACAGGAGCAACAGCAGCACAGAGAGGAAAAGCGACUGAUGAUCCAAAGCAAAGAGCAACCCUUAGUAAUGAUAUAAAAAAAAAAAAGGAACAAUGAGACAUCAAACAUAUUUAAAUGUUUUCUUAAGAAUUUUUGCUUAUUUUUUUUUAGGCACACCAAGUCUGGUGUGAGCAGUUUUUUAAUUUGAGUUACAACAGACCAAAAAAGGGAUAAGAUCUUGGCUGGAACAUUUCAGUUCCCAAAACUGUAAUCAUGACAUUUCUAACUAUUUACAAUGAGCAUAGAAACCGAGAAGACUUUUGUAAAAGAAAACUCAACUCUCACAGUCCGGCUGUGAAAUGUUUUUUUUUCACUUCAGAGAAGAAAAAAAAAGAAAACCAGUCAUUAUCGUGUACACUGUAAUAUUUGCUUGGUGGUGCUUAAAUUACAUCAGACUUUAUCUGUAGGCAGAUUUGAAAAGUCUUAACUGACAAGUGGAUCCUGCCUUGCUGACGGGGGGAAAUCUGUACUCUUUAGGCUGGUUAUAAUGAUUCAUGAGACUCAGGACAACCUUUGACACCAGGACUGUUUGCUAUUUAUGCUUUGUGUCUGCAAGCAGCAGGCGAGGGGUAAUUCAUUACACCAAUGGUGUGAUGUCUUCUGGGAUCACAUAGAAAUUGCUGCUGCAGAGAGGAAGUUUGCUCACAGAACAUGGCAGGAGCACAGUCCAGCCCUCUGACCACUUGCGUGGUGAACACAAGUGACGGCGUCCCCGGCGCCAAGAUCGCCCUGAGCUUGCAUCGACUUGACACCAACCUGAUGAUUUGGACCAUGAUCGGUGUUGGGACAACAAAUGAAGACGGCUGCUGCCCAGGACUGAUCAGUCAGGAAGCGUUCGUCCCCGGCAUGUACAAGCUGCGUUUUGAGACCGGUUUAUAUUGGGAGCGACUGGGAAAGACGUCAUUCUACCCCUAUGUAGAGACUGUGUUCACCAUCCAGAACCCAGCACAGAAGUUUAAUCUCCCUCUGCUGAUGAGCCCCUUCUCCUACAGCACCCACAGAGGGAACUGAAGCUCGGACGUGGCAGACAGCCUUCUCUGCCGUCACAUUUGCAUUUUAGCGAUAUCGUGUCUUGCUUACAUUCAGGUUUUUCUGGCCCCUGAUUCCCACCGCCUCUUGGUUCUUGUCGUUUUGUUUUGGCACAGAAUGCAGUGUGCACAGUUAUGAAUCAACUGUGUAACAGAUUCUGCUUCAGCUUUGUUUACUAAAAGAGAAGAGCUACAGGAUCUGAGGGCACCGGCAUUGGAGAAUUUAAAAUCCUUGAGGGACCUUCUGCAACCUGUUUCCUAAAGACGACAGAAGUGAGGCACAUCUGAGACAGCAAAUGACGUCCAUUUAAGGCUUGCAGCAUGCAGGACCCAGGUGUUGCUCCAACAUGCAUGGAGGCUAUGUGUUCUUUUCUUUCUAUUUCAUUUCCUCCCUGUAUGGUAAUUAAGCUGGUCUUCUCAUAGAUACAAGCAUAAAGUUGCAAAUUCAGAAGUAGCUGUAACUGUCUUUUUGAAUAAAUUCUGUCUUUCGUG